AUGACAAAAAGCAUCGGGAAGCGCGUGCCAGCGUCGCAGGACGCUUUAAAUGCCUUUGUGACAGCUCAAUUGCUAGACAAUGGCAUGGAUCUUAUUGCAGGCAAAAUUAACGUGCUACGUGAAAAGUUAUUGCGAUCUGAAAGCAGCGACGGUGACGAGCAGACGAGGAAGAAAUGGGCACGUCAGCUCCAGCAUUCGUUAGCUCUGGCUUGCCGUCUAUUGACCAAGCAGCGGCGGCAACUAAAUCACUGCAUUGAGCGUGUAGAGACGGACUACAGUCGUGGAGUAAUUGGACUGGGAGUGGCCAAGAAGAAGGACGUGGAAGCACAGGAAGAAGGUAAUCUCUAUAGUCGAACUUAUACUCGUCCGAGAACAGGAAGCUCCUCGACGGCUGCAGCAACAGAAACUGAUGGAUACGUGGGCGUCAUGGUACCGAGCAAGGAGAAUAUUCUCGCCAUUGGUUGUCAUGUUGCUGCUAAAGUGGCUCGCAGUCAUGAGCUGUGGAUCAUGGCGCGUGUUGUGAAGUUUAACGCUGACUCGAGCACAUACGAAGUGGAAGACGUCGACUCUGGUGACGAUGACGACGAAGACGAUGCACCAAGAAGACACUACAUUGUGCCAUGGCAGCAGGUAGUGGAGCUGCCGGGUGACUCGCUUCCCAAAGGAGAAUGGAUUCACUAUGCGGUGAACGAGCGCGUCAUGGCCAUGUACCCCAACACAACCAGCUUUUUCCGUAGCACCAUCCGCGUGCCAAAUCCAAAGGGCGCUCCAUAUGUAAUCCUUAAGUUUGAUGAGGACGAGGAUGAGCAGGGCUUUGUACCCGACCGGAAAGUGCCUUUUCGCUUUGUAGCUCCGCUGAAACCGUGGCAUCAAAAGUGA